GCACCCUCGCGAGCAUGCGCGCUGCGGCCUGAGCUGUCGCUUCUUUGGUAGUGACUGAGGCGGCGGAGGCGCUCGCCAUGGAGUCCUACGAUGUGAUCGCGAACCAGCCUGUGGUGAUCGAUAAUGGCUCUGGCAUGAUUAAAGCUGGCUUUGCUGGGGAUCAAAUACCCAAGUACUGUUUUCCUAACUAUGUGGGCAGACCAAAGCAUGUUCGUGUCAUGGCCGGUGCAUUGGAAGGUGACAUUUUCAUUGGACCAAAAGCAGAGGAGCACCGCGGCCUCCUUUCUAUCCGUUAUCCUAUGGAACAUGGCAUAGUGAAGGACUGGAAUGAUAUGGAGCGUAUCUGGCAGUACGUUUAUUCAAAAGACCAGCUCCAGACUUUCUCUGAAGAGCAUCCCGUGCUGCUGACAGAAGCUCCACUGAACCCCCGAAAGAACCGUGAACGAGCUGCUGAGGUUUUCUUUGAGACAUUUAAUGUGCCAGCCCUCUUCAUCUCCAUGCAAGCUGUGCUGAGCCUUUAUGCAACAGGGCGAACCACAGGAGUUGUGUUGGACUCUGGGGAUGGAGUGACCCAUGCCGUCCCUAUUUAUGAAGGGUUUGCCAUGCCACACUCCAUUAUGCGGAUUGACAUAGCUGGCCGUGACGUCUCCCGUUUCCUUCGUUUGUAUCUUCGGAAGGAAGGCUACGAUUUCCAUACGUCAUCUGAAUUUGAGAUUGUCAAAACCAUAAAGGAGAGAGCUUGCUACCUGUCGAUCAACCCACAGAAGGAUGAGACAUUAGAAACAGAGAAAGCUCAGUAUUACCUUCCAGAUGGAAGCACCAUUGAGAUUGGCCCUGCCCGAUUUCGAGCCCCUGAACUGCUGUUCCGACCAGACCUGAUUGGAGAGGAGUGUGAAGGACUCCAUGAAGUUCUGGUGUUUGCAAUUCAGAAAUCUGAUAUGGACUUGAGGCGAACGUUGUUCUCCAACAUUGUGCUCUCCGGAGGCUCAACACUCUUUAAAGGUUUUGGUGAUAGGCUUCUGAGUGAAGUGAAGAAACUGGCCCCCAAGGAUGUCAAAAUCAGGAUAUCUGCUCCUCAAGAGAGAUUGUAUUCUACGUGGAUUGGUGGUUCCAUUCUGGCUUCUCUGGAUACCUUUAAGAAAAUGUGGGUUUCCAAGAAAGAAUAUGAAGAAGACAGUUCCCGGGCGAUCCACCGGAAAACCUUCUAACCCAGGUGCAUCCUGGGGUCUCCUUGGAGAUUUGUUCUUGUUCUCAACUCACUUUUCUGAGUCCGAGUGUCUGAGGAGCUCCACGUUUGUGUGUGUACGUAUGGGUGGAUGGUGGCAACAUUCUCUGGAUUUUCCCAGAGCAAGAGGAAAGGCAGGGUUUUGACUUGACUUUUGAUUGCUCUUGUGGGAGGCAGAUGAGAAAUUGGAAUGAACCUUGUUGGAACAUGUUCUUUUUCAGUUGGUCCUUGAACUUUUGGGGAGGGAGUGCAUUUCUCACGGAAGAUGGGAAAAGGAUGGCUUAGAAACUGACCAGCUAAGCGGAUGGAAACAUGAGUAUUUGUAAACCAGUCCAUACUUGGCUCCAGUCAGUCUAGGAAUGUGAGCCAGAUUGAAGAUCUGUCAUGGAAACUCUGAGCAGAGAAACUGUCUUGUCACCUGUCUCCAUUGCUCAGCAGUUGUUUUGUUAGUUUAUAGAAGGACCAUUUUUCUCCCUGUCCCUUUUUUUUAAACCCAAAAGAGAAUAAGCACAUCCUAAGCUGUUAAACUCCACUUACUUCUGUAUGUGUGCAAGUGUGUUAAAUCCUGAGGUUGAUACUUGAGAAUCUGAACCGUGACAGGAUGAUUGGAGCAGUUUAUUUUAGGAUCUAGUUUGUAAUGCAUGGCGUAGAACAGGAACACCCUUCCUCUGAUCUGUUAUAGACUAUCCUUGUCCUAGCAUCCUGUAGUGGAGACAGACGCCUGUCGUGCAGCCAAGUGUUUCUUGACCCUUCUCCCUCCCCUCAUCAUCCUGCCUCAUGUGUACUUUAAAGAUGUAGUGUUGAUGCUUUCCGUAUCAGCCAAAACUUCAUACCUAGGCUGUGUCCUCUGCACACAGGGCUAUUCAACCAUCCUUGCAGGGAAGCCAGGUAAUGGUUUUAGAACUAUUUUAUUUAUUGAAAAACUUUUAUGGCAACUGAAUUAUUAACUACUAGACCAAUUGUUUGUUUCCUGUUUUCUCUUUCGCACACAAGCCUAUUAUGGUAUCUCCCCCCAAAUAUUGUUUAACACUAACACUGACAUGUUAACAGUAUAAUUAUUUAGUACUGUUGGGUCAGCUACGCAGCCUCUCCCUCUUGGAGUACCUUGUUACUGCUGGAGGAGCUGUUUUUCAUGAAUGUACCACAGGAGGGAACAAUACUUCGUACUGGAAUCCUUCAGACAUUGAGUAGUGACCUCCUGAGGGCGGCGGCCAUUCCAGAGUUGGAGACCUUUCUGCACUUACAGAAAUGGAAAGGGUCAUAUGUCUGCUUUGAAUUGAGAAUUUUGUUUUUAUACGGUUUUUUUUAAUACAUAUGUUUUGGUGCUUCUGAUUUUAAGCUUUUAAAAAAACGGCUGCUGCUAAAAACCAAAUACUGUAUAUUGUUUGCCAUUUUAAGUAUUAGAAAACAAUGCAGCAGUAUUAGAAAACAAUGCAGCAAGAUUCUAGCUUUGUGACUACCUAUAGCUAAAUUGUGGCAGAAAAAAAACACUGCAAUAGGAAUUGGGGGACUUGAUCUCCCAGAUGCUGGCAAAGCGUUGUCCUGUGUGCUACUGACCGUCGCUGUCUUUUGGAUGUGGUCCAGUUUGUCUUUUGGUGGUAAGCCUUUAUUUUACUCUUGGAGGUGUUCAGAAAACCUCUUCAGGGGUGAAUAGGCACGUGGCCUAUCUGUUUCAAGAGCUGUGUGGAGGGGGAAAGCUCAUUCUCUGUUCUGCAGAGACAAUGUGAUCUUGUGUGUUGUGCAGUGGCUCUCACAGUGUCUUCAGAAAAACAAAACCCCAGACUAAGUCCUUGCUGCUGAAAAUAUGAAAUUAGUAGUUCCAUCCUAAGUAUAUUUAUACAUGUCUAAGUUAAGUCAACUGGCUGAGAAAGGAAUAACACUGGUUUAGGAUUGCACUGUAGAAUUGGCACCCUGUUCCCUAGGUCCUUCCUAGUAUAAGAGCAGAUGAACCAGAGUGGCUACUGGAACUGUCAGGUAUUGUUUCAGGAUAACUGGCUGGUUCUUGGAAAGGAAAAAUGGAAGACAUAAAGGUGAACUGUGUGAGAGUGGCUUAAUGAUCUCACUGUAACUCAUCAUAUUUGGUGUUUACCUAAAGGAUAUCUGUUACUUCCUUGAUUUCUCUUCCUACAAGGAAGAUGAUCUUAGAUUGAGUAGUGACAUGUUUUUAUGAGCAGUAUCACCACAGCCAUUUCCCCUUAUCUUUAGGUCCAAGUAGCAUGGCCAGUCAGGAGACUCAUUGUGAAAAGGUGGGAACAUUCUAUCCAGGCAAUAAAUCCAAGAGAAGGAUUGGCACAUGAUUCUGUAGUAUUGCUGUAUAUAUUUUUUUUGUUCUGUAACUAUGCCUGGUGUCUGAGUCUGCUGGAAAAAUGAAUUGCUGAAGCACUGAGAGUAGGCAUGAAGUCACUCUGCAGUAACAUUCUCAGACCCUCAUUUUUUAAAACCACACUCAGUGCUGACAGAUAGAAAUGGGAUAUCUGUGUGCAUUUAUAAUAUUUUAAGUAAAAUGUCAUGGAUUUGCUCAUCUCAGAUGUACCCAGAGCAUCUUACAGUGCAAUCCUAUGCACAGUUAGUUCAAUCUAAGCCUAUUGAUUUUAAAGGGCCUAGACUAGGGUAACUCUGCAAAGGAUUGCCCUGUGGGUCAACUGUGUUGCUAGGAGAGCGUAGCAUGUCCGGUGACUUUAGAAAGUUGUCUUCUAAUCCACAGUUGUCUUAUCCAAUGGUUGUAUUAAUGCCACUUCAUUUUGUUUUGUAUUAAUUCAGAGUGAAAUGAAGUUUCUCUUGUAAUAAGCCCAGUAGUUCUAGUGGUGUUCAGACCUUAUCAUGUUCAGCUGGAUUUAAAGGUUUGUUAUAUCAUUGGCUAAGAAGCUGGUUUGCAUUGAUACUUAGAGGUUCUGCCUAGUAAGCCUAUCAUUACUAUGGCAGAUACUAAGGCUAGAGUGGCUGAUCUGAAUUUGCAGGCAAGCAGAUUCUUUGCUUUAGCAUACUGUGUUUGUUAGCAACAGCUUGUAGCUCUUAAACUGUUUGGGGUAUUUUUGCCAAGAGCACUGAAUGGUAGACAAGGGAUGACUUUUCAUGGACCAAGGGGAUAAUCCUGAUUACUAGCUUGUCCAUUUAUGAGACUUACAGACUGUCACCUGAAAUGUUUUCUGGAGGACCAUACUACGGCCUUCUCCUAUAGGUAAGGGAGUCUGGCUUGCCUUAUGAUACAGGAAUGUUGUGUUUUAAUUGAACUGUCUAGGUUUCUGGUAUUUUAGAGGCCUUGAUUUUUAUCUGGAGUUAAGUGUCUUUCUCUCCAUUCUAGUAGUUGCAUGAAAACAAAGGCAUUUGUACUUUUAAAGAAAUUUCCAAUUGUUCUAACAGGGAAUAGUUACUAAAAAUUCAGAGCCAGUGAAUGGCACCUUAUACUGGUAGAAGUGACAGUGAGCAACUCUUGGCUUAGUGUAGUCCGUGUUUAGGUUGGUAGGUAUGGGGAAAUAGAAGGAAUAUGAGUAAAUUUUGAAGUUGGUUUCUACCCCUCCUUUAAUUCCUUGUGACUUUUUUUCUUGUUUUGACAUUCAUUUUCUGAAGCAGCAAUGUUGACAAACUGACAGGUGCUUUUUACAAUCUAGCAUUGGUUCUAUCUGACAUUGUACUUUGUACUUAUGUGCAAACCACUGCUGGAUGCUGCCCAACAUACUUAAAUAAAGUUGUUAAUCUAUAAA